AUGAAUAUCGUGUGUGGUGGGUCAAACGAUACAUUAACAAAUUCUACAAGCGAAGUAGAUGUACACCUUGCUGCACUGUUGCCGUAUUCUACAGAAGGGGAUAUUGUAAGCGGGGUGAUACCAGCUAUAUACCUAGCACUGGAACAUGUCAAUAAACACGACGACGUACUACCGGGAUUCCGAUUGAAUAUUGAAUUCUUCGACACAAAGUGUGAUAUGGCGGAAGGAACUAAAGCAUUCUUCGAUGCAAUGGCGAGAAGUCCCCCUAAGUUAAUGGUAUUCGGUGGGAUAUGUUCCAAUGUAACAGCCCCUUUAGCUGAAGCGGUGAUGUGGUGGAACCUAAUACAGUUGUCUUACGCAAACACGGAACCAUUUUUAUCAGAACGUGAGAAGUACCCUACGUUUUUCCGCACUGUUCCUUCUGAAGCUGACUUCAACCCUGCCAAACUAAAGUUACUAGAAUAUUACAACUGGACCCGCGUUGCUACGAUUCACCAAGACACGCCACGAUUUUCAAUAGCACACAAUAAAAUGUCGAGUAUUUUGGAGAAUUCCGGUAAAAUCCUAAUCAAGGUUGCCAGCUUAACCAAUGACCCCGACAUCGCCGUGAGGAGCGUGAAGGAGUCCGGUGCUCGGAUAAUACUGGGAUAUUUCGAUGAGAAUAUGGCAAGGAAAGUUUUCUGUAGUGCGUGGAAGAAUGAGCUUGUGGGACACAAGUAUGUGUGGAUACUUCCUGGAUGGUACAGUGACAAUUGGUGGAACAGCACGGAAGCAAAUUGUGACUGUAGCACAGAUGAGCUGUAUGAAGCAAUUCAAGGCUACAUAGCAACUGACGUAUUACCCUUGACAACAAGCAAGGACGAAACCAUAUCAGGAUUAACGGCCUCAGCGUACGAACAGGAAUAUAACGAGAUGAGCGGUGACAAUUACACGGUAUUACACGGUUAUGCAUAUGACGGUGUCUGGACUAUAGCACUUGCACUGGAUGCUGUAAUACGACAACUGGGCAGCAACGUCACAUCCAUUGUCAAUUACACGUAUGCAAAUGAAGAUGUAUUUCAGAUGAUUAUGGAGGCUAUGAACGAGACAGAUUUUGUUGGCGUCACGGGUCGUGUACGUUUCAAUGAAGGGGACAGAUUGGGAACUAUUGUAUAUGAACAGUUUGUAGAUUCGAGUCAUGUGAAAAUAGGAGAAUAUCACGCAUACAGUGACAGUUACUUUCUGAAUAAUGACAAGAUACACUGGGCAGACGGCUCGCCGCCUUUAGACCAACCUGUUGUGAUCCGUGUCCAGCGUGGAGUGUCCUCCAUUCUUUACGUCAUAAUGUGCUGUUUAACCUAUAUAGGUAUAAUGAUUGCAUUGAUGUUUCUAUUCUUCAAUAUGCGAUUCAGAAAACACAGAUUCAUAAAGAUGUCCAGUCCUUAUCUGAAUAAUCUAAUCAUACUAGGUGGAAUACUGUGUUACUGUUUCAUUUAUUUCCUUGGGUUGGAUGGCACGCAACUUGCCGGCGUCCAUGCCAUAUGUUCGAUCCGUGCCUGGAUGUUAACGAUUGGCUUCACCGGAGCGUUCGGAGCAAUGUUCAGCAAAACGUGGAGAGUACACAGUAUAUUUACAAACAUUAAAAUGAAAAAGCGAGUAAUACAAGACAAAAGGUUGUUUGCAAUAGUUGGUGUACUGCUGCUGAUUGAUGUAUUGCUAUUGGUAACAUGGGAAAUAAAAGACCCAAUGAAGAGAAUGGCGAUUGAAGGACGAGAAGAGCCUGACCCUGAAGGAAGAGAUGUCUUUUUUGUACCUGUUAUGCAGCACUGUGAAAGUGUUCAUAUGUCAAUAUGGCUCGCUGUCAUAUACGCAUAUAAAGGAGUGCUAAUGAUAUUUGGAUGCUUUCUCGCCUGGGAGACACGUCAUGUUAGUAUACCUGCAUUAAACGAUAGUAAAUACAUCGGUAUGUGCGUCUAUAACGUGGUUGUGAUGUGCGUAAUUGGAGUGGCAUUGUCUUUUCUUAUAACCAAUAAUCCCAACGCAACGUUCGGAAUCAUAUCACUUUUUAUACUAUUUUGUACAACAGUGACACUCUGUCUAGUCUUCCUACCAAAGCUCAUUGAACUCAAAAGAGACCCAAGUGGAGAAGAAAAGAAAAUACGUUGCCUUAGCAGCAGGGGAAGUUUUAAAAUGACUUCAACUUUUGACGGUACGAGCGUUCCUUUCAAAACACGAUGUCUCAGAACAGAAAAUAUGAAGCUACGAAAACUGCUUUCCGAGAAAGAUAAGGAUAUCGAGGUGUUACUAGAAAAACUAGGCAUGGAGCCAUCGUACCGAUAUGAAACUUCACGUACGACUGUCUUCCCAAUGGAAACAACGGUGUCAUCCAUAUACGUAGAAGAAUGGAAACCUCCGUCCAUUGCAUUUGCUGGGGACGAGUCUACUAAUCAUAGCGCAAACAAAAAUUCGUGGCAAUCAGCACUCUAUACAUGUGUCAAACCGAACUCUUCUGACAACAAAGAAUACUCAGAAUUAUUCAGCAGGAGAAGUCGCGAUGCAACGCUACCAACAAUCUCGUCCUCUGAUAACAGUAGUGAAAUAGUAGACAAAGGGUCGCUGCACGAAUACGAAGAAACAUUCAGUAUGACGGUUCCAGAAAUGACGCAAUGUGAUAGGGACAGUUGUAGAACAUAUUCAGAAGCCAUGUCAGAUCAACCCCAGUAUUGCAAAGACAUUGAAGACGUGAAUUGUCGAUUACUGUGUAAUGAAGAUGAGGAUGAGGAUUAUGACUUAGAUUAUCAUUCCCAUUCGAAAAAUUUAUUUGACUCUCUAAGAGAAACAGCAAUAUUGUCUGAUUCUGAAAAAAACAGCACUAAUGACAUUCCAGAGUUGUUUAUAUCAGAAGAUAUACCAUACGAACUGUAUCCACCUACCAUCCCAAUCACUGUCUCCGAUGACGCCAGUUCUGGAUUAAUUACAUUGAGACGAACAGACAGUCCAUUUGUGAGAACUUUAAAUGAUAACAAGGAGUCAACAAUGGCGGAGGAAUUUCAUACAAAAUUAAAUUCAUUAUCCAAACCUCCUCCAAUCGACGAUCCAAAAUAG